AUGAAAGACAUUUCCUACUUUCAACAUCAUCCUUCACACUCCUCUCGAUCCACACCAUCAUUAAACACCACACCCAUUACUCGGAAAUGGUACAAUAUCAACUUCCAUUCACCCUACAUUAAAUACCUGUUACCUCUCUCUUUGUUAGGAUUUAUUAUGUGCUAUAAUCAAGAGUAUUUGAGAUGGGAGUGGAAUCAAUUCCAAACUUCAAGAAGAAAACGACAACGCUUUCUUGCAAAUAAUGCAUAUUAUCAAAAGUAUCAAACGAGACCACCUGGUUAUGCUGGGUCUCUUCAAGAAUUGUUUGAACAGAGAGAGCCUGUGGGUUUUUUGAGGAGAGUUCUCUUCCAAAUUAAACUAUUCAUUAUGAAACAUGAAAGUAAGCUAGAUCCUUAUCUCAACACGGGAAAUGAUAUCGAGAACCGAAUGAAGGCCUAUGAAUCAUUGCUAAAGAAACGGCAAUAG